ACAUGUGGCCCCAGAGUCCACGGCUGAUUCCCUCUCCUGUCCCCUCCUCAGCCCCCAACCCCGUCAGGGACCUGACCGUGGAGAGUUGGACCAACAUCUCCAUCACCCUGCGCUGGGAGUCCCCAGACCCCCAAAGCUACACCUACUGGGUCCAGUGCACCAAAGACGAUGGCAAGAACGAGACCUGGAACACGACAGACGUCACGUACACGGUGCAGGGACUCACGCCGGCGACCUCCUACCUGUUCUCCCUGUGGGCGGAGAAGCACGGAGUCCCCAGUUCCGUGCAGACCCAGGAGGGCUCCACAGCCCCCAACCCCGUCAGGGACCUGACCGUGGGGAAUCCGACCACCAGCUCCAUCACCCUGCGCUGGGGGCCGCCCCCGGGCCCCGACUGGAACUACACCUACUGGGUCCAGUGCACGGGAGACAAUGGCAAGAAUGAGACCAAGAACACGACAGACGUCACAUACACGGUGCAGGGACUCACGCCGGCAACCUCCUACCUGUUCUCCGUGUGGGCGGAGAAGCACGGAGUCCCCAGUUCCGUGCAGACCCAGGAGGGCUCCACAGCUUUGUCAGGGCUGAGCCUGGGGGAGGAGUCGCCCGCAGUCCCUCCCCCCGGGCUGUGCCUCUGUGGGGGCUGCCCCCCAGCCCCACAGUCUCACCUGGGCCUGGAGGGGAGGCUGGGCUCUGACUCUCUCCUGGGCUCCCCCCAGGGCCUGUGCGUCUGGACCGGAGCCAAGGCAGCCGCACCCAACGCCACCGUCAGGAACCUGAACGUGUGGAAUCAGACCAGCAGCUCCAUCACCCUGGGCUGGGAGCCCCCGGAAGACCCGAGCCUGCAGAACCACACCUACACCUACUGGGUCAGGUGCAGCGGAGACGGUUGCAAAGAUGAGCCCCAAAACACGACAGACGUCACUUACACGGCGGAGGGACUCGAACCCGCGUCCCGCUAUGAGUUUUCCGUGUGGGUGGAAGAAGGUGGAGCCAACAGCUCCAAGGUGACCCUCAAUGCCAGCACAGCCCCCAACCCCGUCAGCAAACUGACCGUGGAGAGUUGGACCAACAUCUCCAUCACCCUGCGCUGGGAGUCCCCAGACCCCCAAAGCUACACCUACUGGGUCCAGUGCACCAAAGACGAUGGCAAGAACGAGACCUGGAACACGACAGACGUCACGUACACGGUGCAGGGACUCACGCCGGCGACCUCCUACCUGUUCUCCCUGUGGGCGGAGAAGCACGGAGUCCCCAGUUCCGUGCAGACCCAGGAGGGCUCCACAGCCCCCAACCCCGUCAGGGACCUGACCGUGGAGAGUCAGACCACCAGCUCCAUCAGCCUGCGCUGGGGGCCUCCCCACGGCCCCGAACGGAACUACACCUACUGGGUCGAGUGGACGGGUGGCCGUGGCCAAACUGGGACCCAGAGCACAACAGACACCAGUGUCACAGUGGACGGACUGGAACCUGGGUCCGCCUACGAGCUCGCCGUGUGGGUGGAGAACGGAAACAUCAGCAGCUCCCGGACCCCUCUCAGCGCAGCCACAGCCCCCAACCACGUUAGGAGCCUGAGCAGCACGAAGCAGACAACCGGCUCCAUCACCCUGAGCUGGGAGGCGCCCGAAGACGAUGACCCCGACCGUCGGAACUACACCUACUGGGUUGAGUACACUGGCGGCAGUAGCGAAACUAAAAAGCAAAGCGCGGCUGACACCCAUGCCACGGUGGAGGGACUCGAACCCGGGACCCUGUACAUGUUCUCGGUGUGGGCGGAAAAGAACGCCGUGCCUGGCUCCAGGCAGAACCUCAGCGUCUCCACAGUCCCCAAUGCAGUGACAAGUCUCGGGGUCCAGGACCAGACCACCAGCUCCAUCACCCUGAGCUGGACAGCUCCCCAGGGCCCGGAUCACCCUCCCUACACCUACUGGGUCUCCUGGACCAUGGAGGGCGGGGUUGCCACUGGGACCCAGAACACCCCGGAUACCAGGAUCACAGUGAACGCAAUGGAAGCUGGGACCCUGUACACCUUCACCGUGUGGGCGGAGAGGAACGGGGUCAGCAGCAGCAACGAGACCCGCACGGGGGCCACAGCUCCUAACGAGGUCACAGCUCUGCAGAAGGAAACUCAGACCAACAACUCAAUCGCCCUGCGGUGGGAGGCCCCGGCAGACCCCCGCUCUCAGCUCUACAUAUACUGUGUCCAGUGGGCCGGUGGGGGACCUCCCCAGGGGGAAGGAGACCCCCAAGGACACCAGGUCGACCAGAUAGCCAGGACCAAAGAGACUUGGUAUGUGGUGAAGGGCCUGGAACCUGGGACUCCAUACAACUUCAGCGUGUGGGCGGAGAGGAGCGAUGUAGCCGGUUCCACACAGAGCCUCCGGGCAUCCACAUACCCGGACCCCGUCACCAGCAUCUCCUGCAACAGCAUCCCUGGUGGCUAUGGGGUCACCCUGACCUGGACCUGCCCCCUGGGCGGCUAUGAGGCCUUUGAGCUGCAGGUGGGCUGGCAGCAGGUCUCCGGGGACCGAGCCUCCUGCGGGAAGGGCUUUUCCGUGUGGGACCUCCAGCCCGCUCAGUCCUACGAAGCCAAGGUCAGGACCAUCUGGGACGGACUGAGGGCCCCAGCUGCCUCCGUGACCUGCCACACGGAGAGUGCAGGGGUCAUCGCCGGGGCUGUUGUCGGGGUCCUGCUCUUCCUCACCCUGGUGGGCCUGCUGAUCUUCUUCCUGAGGAGGUAUAAAAAGGGCCUGAAGGAGCCAGCAGUCAGGUGCGGUGGGACCUGUGGCGGGGCCCGUGUCAGCCCUAGAGACACACGUCGGUUUUCCCCUGACACCCCCUCUCUAGGCGGCCCCCCUCUUGCCCCCACCGUCUCCUCAAUCAUCCCCAAUGCACACACGGUCCAUUCCUGGGGGCCCACCGACCUCCAGGGCACAAGGAGUAAAUGGGGGGCGGCCAAGGGAGCCCGGGGGGUGUCCUUCGGGGAAGCUGGAGGAACCCUUACACCGUGCACCCCUCCUCUGCCUGCGCCCCAGCACCUGGCCAUGGAGGGCCAGGGCCAGUCUCAGACGGUGGCCUCGGCUCCAGAAAACAGCGCCAAGAACCGCUACCGGAACGUGCUGCCCUACGACUGGUCCCGCGUGCCCCUGCGGUCCCUCGGAGGGGCCCCGGGCUCCGACUAUAUCAACGCCAGCUUCAUGCCCGGUCUCUGGAGCCCCCGGGAGUUCAUUGCGACCCAGGGCCCCCUGCCCCAGACGGUGGGCGACUUCUGGCGCCUGGUGUGGGAGCAGCAGAGCCACACCCUCGUCAUGCUGACCAACUGCAUGGAGUUGGGCCGGGUGAAGUGUGAGCAUUACUGGCCUCUGGACGCCCAGCCCUGCACCCACGGGCACCUGCAGGUGACCCUGGAGGGGGAGAAGGUGAUGGAGAACUGGACAGUCCGAGACCUGAAGCUGCGACACGCGCAGGAGCAGAAGACUCUGUCCGUGCGACAGUUCCACUACGUGGCCUGGCCGGACCACGGCGUCCCCCACUCCCCGGACCCCUUGCUGGCCUUCUGGAAGGUGCUCAGGCAGUGGCUGGACAAGACCCCCGAGGGAGGCCCCCCCAUCGUGCACUGCAGCGCCGGCGUGGGCCGCACAGGCACCCUCAUCGCCCUGGACGUCCUGCUGCGCCAGCUGGAGUGCGAGGGGGUGGUGGGGCCCUACAGCUUCGUGAAGAAGAUGCGGGAGAGUCGGCCCCUGAUGGUGCAGACCGAGGCCCAGUACGUCUUCCUGCACCAGUGCCUCCUCCGGUUUCUGCAGCAGUCGGCCCCACCGCCGGUCCAGAAGAACGAGGCCGUAUACGAGAACCUGCUCUUCGAGAACGAUGAAGCCGUCGAUGUUUAGGGGAAGCUGAGCUUCGGGGCCUGGAGACCCUAGCCCAGCCAGACUCACACUCGGGAUCCAGACUUCCGCCCAGAUUCCUGGACCCCUGGGACAGCAAGGGGCUGGGGUCCCAGACUCCUGGGCCCUGGAGGAGGGGGGCUGGCAGCCCUGGGGGUGAGAGGUCCGCUGGGAGCCAGGACCCUGGUUCCAUGAAGGAGGAGAGGGAAGGGGGCUAGGAUGUCUUAGUUCUUGGUGGGAGGAGGAGACCAGGCCCCCAUUGGGCUGCAGAGUCUCCCAGAAACAACCUGGAUUGUGAGGAAGGAAGGAAGGAAGGGAUGAGGGUCCCGGGUUCAGGUUCUGGCCACCCAAGGAGUAAGGUAGGCAGGAUCCCACUUUUCACUCCAGAAACCAAAUCUCCUAAGACCUCAGGUUCCCAGCACCCACUCCCUGUACAUAUUUUUCCCCUCCAUCCCAUAACUUAUUAAAUCACUAUUCUCUGCAGAAA